AUGGCUUUUGCUCUUUCAGUUGCACACAUGAAAGCGUUUCGAGCCUAUGUAAGCGCCGCCAAAUCAUUUGCUUCAGUUCAGUUGAGAUCGCUGUACACGACGUCCAGGAUGGCUGCAGAACAGAAUAAAGGUCGGCCGAGUAUUCACUCGUCGCACAUUGCUGAAAUUUACGAAGUGCCCAUUGGUUUCAUCAAACGACCCAUUCCGCCUCUGCUGGACGAGGCAAAAGUGGAAAGCCUAAUGCAAACCUACAAGGAGCAUCCCGAGAACAUUCCGCCCAUCGACGUAAUGUGGAUAACCGGCUCUGAGGGCGGCAACUACUACUUCAGCUUCGGUGGAUGUCAUCGUUUUGAGGCUUGCAAACGCCUUGGCAUGGAGACGGUAAAGUGCAAGCUCUUCAAGUCAAACGUCGCGGACCUUAGGACCUACAUGGGCUCAUCGACGCCGGAGCUGAAGUAG